GUGGAGGGUUAGGUUCCCGCCUCUCCCAAAAGGCACUUCCGGUUCCUCCGCGAUCACUUCCGCGUCUCUUUGAUUUUGUGUAGUUUCGGCGCCAACUGCUCUGAACUUUGCUUGGUAAAGGAUUCGAGAGGCGUCUUCGCCAGUCGUGGGGCGAGGUGCAGCCUUAGCAAUGAGUGUUUUUGAACCUUAAGGAAACUGGUCGGCAGCGUCGCUACCCAGAGGCAUUGAGGAUAAGAGAUAUUUUGAAGACUUUUAUAAUUAUUUUGUUUAAGUCAAGAUGUCUAGCAAAGCAAAUGCCUCCAAGAGAAGGUCUCAACCAUUAAAAAGAAAUUCAAAAAGAAAAAUUGGUGAGAAAGAAGCAGAGUUAUCUGAGAAAGAGGUUAGAAACACAGUGAAAAAAAAUAAAAGUCAUCCAAAGCAUCUGUCUUCUGAAGUAACUGGAGAAACAAAGCAUACUAGUCUAAAAGAGGUAAAGAUUGCAUCGCACAAGAGAAAAACCUGGCAACCUCUUUCAAAAAAUAGCAGAGAACAUUUGCAAACUAUGAUGGAAUCAGUAAUAAUAGCAAUUUUGAGUAACAAAACUAGAGAAAGUGAACAAAUUCAGUAUCAUCUAAACUUCCUCAAGAAAAGACUGCUGCAACUGUGUGAAACCCUGAAAGUCCCUCCCAAAAAGCUACAAGAUUUAACUAAUGUGUCAACUCUGCUGAAGAUGGAAAGGGCACAGCACAGAGCUAAUGAAGAGGGUCUGGCAUUAUUGCAGGAAGAAACAGAGAAAAUAGUAGAGACUGUAGAGUCAAUGACUGGGAAUAUUCACAGCCUAAAGAACCAGGUUCAUGUUCUGACAAGUGAGGUGGAAGAAGAGGAAAAGAAAAUAAAACAGAUGCUUCAGAUAGAUAGUGGAGUACUUUCUCUUCCAGAACUUCCUCAGAAGAGUCUCAAAGCACCUGUACUUCAGAAAGAAAUUUUGACAUCGAUUCCAAACCACAACACUCUUCUGAAGGACUUGGAAGUUCUACAUAAUUCAUCCCAGAUGAAGAACACGCUGACUUUCAUCAAAGAAGUCCAUAAAAGACUGGAUGCCUCUUAAAGAGUUUUUUUUUUUUAGUUGUUUCAUGUUAAUUUAAUGUUCAGUGAAACAAGUUGGGUUCAAUGCUCAUUGCAGUGAGGGAGACCACAUAUCAUGAAGAACCCCAGGCAGCUCAGCAAGAGACAAAAGCAAUAUCCUGUCAGCAAAUAAUGGUCAAGGAGGACAUUAGUGGAUUUUACGGGAAGGAGAGUCUUUAAGAAAGGAAACCUGUAGCACAGCAUUUACUUAUUUGUUUGUUUUGGCCACACCUGCCUCUUGGGGGAGGGGCCAGGAAUCAAACCCGUGCCACCGCAGAGACAAUGCCAGAUCUUUAACCUGCUGAGCCACCAGUCAGCUCUUGGUAGCGCAGCAGUUAAAGAAAAUGUAUCUGCUCUGGACUAUCUGCUACACACCAGCCAAGCAACUGAAAUAAGAUUUUACAAAAUGUCUUAAAAACCCUUCACUUGGAAACUCACUGUCUUGUGUUUUUAGAGUGACUAAUAGAACCCCAGCUCACUGAGUUUUGUCAUUUAUCAUGUCAUUUAUAAUACUUUUGGUGGUGGCAAAGGAGUUACAUUAAGUCUGCUAGUCUGCCAUUUCUCUCAGAACAUCUGUUUAAUAGACUGAAAGUCAACAGGAACUUCUACUUUUUUUGUACCAUGUGGAGACUGGUCAGCCUGCCCUCUUGUAGCUUUGAAAAGUAAGUGAUCUGAUUUUGAGAGAUCUGCAGUAUCUUCCAGCAGGCCGCAGGCAACAUAUACAAUAUUUUCUUCAAAAGCUGAAUUUUGAUGUACUCUUUAGGAAGAAUUUUAGAGUUAAUUACAGACCCAAAUAAAAUUUAACUAAUUUUAGUUUAGAUCUGUAAUUCAGAUGGUCACCCUCUUAUGUAAUAUUCUCAUCUGUCUGAAUUUUCACAGAAAUAGGUCGUGCCAACUAAAUACACCUCCCCAGUGACUGAUAAGUGCCAAUGCCAAACCUUUAAAUUCUAAAAAAUAAAUAUUUUGGAACAGACGAUAUACAUAAAUAUGUAACCCACCAUGAAAACAGCCUAUCAAAAUGCAAAGAAAAUAUACUAUUCAAUAAAUGGUCUUGAGAAAACUAGCUAACCACAUGGGAUUGGGUGGCAUGGUGGUGGUAGUAAGUAUUCUUACUUUAUGACAGAAUAGAUUCUAAAUAAAACUAGGAGUUCUAGUUGGCUCAUCUGGUUAAGAAUCCUAUCAGUAUCCAUGAGGGUGUGAGUUCAAUCCCUGGCCUCACUCAGAGAGGUAAGGAUCUGGUAUUGCUGUGGCAUAAGCUGGCAGCUGCAACUCUUAAUUCAACUCCUAGCCUGGAAACUUCCAUAUGCCCUGCGUGCAGCCAUAAGAAAAAUAAAUAUUAAAAAAAACUAAAUAUAAAAAUAGAAACUACAAAGAAUUUAUGAGUGGAUAUGUCAGUGUAGAUAAAGCCUUACAGACAUACUUGUUUUACGGUACUUCAUUGCAGUUCACGGAUUCUGUGUUUUUUACGAAUUAAAAGUUUGUGGCAACCCUGCAUUGAGCUAUUGGUGCCAUUUUUCUAACACCAUGAUUUUUUUUUAUUAAGGUAUGUACAUUUUUGUAAACAAUACUGUUGCACACUUAACAGACUACAGUGUAAUGUAAAUAUAACUUGUUACAAGCACUACAAAGCCAAAAAAAUUGAUGUGACUUGCUUUGUUGUGAGAUUUGCUGCAUCAUGCUGGUUUGGAACUGAAUUGCAUUAUCUCUGAGAUGUGCCUGAAUUAGGCAUGUAACAAAGAUAAAACCAUAAAGGAAAUAUCAAUAGAUCAUUAUUUAAAACUUUGAAAUUUU